AGGCGGCGGCGGCAGCGGCCGCAGAGCCGGUGAGUAUCGGAAUCCAUGUCUGACAAUGCAUCAGCCCUGGGCUUCUCUCUUGAUCCACGGCAUCAAGCGAAUCGAAGGUCGAUCAUGGCGUCCUCCAAUCACAGGUCGGCUGUGGAUUCACGCGGCCUCCAAAGUUCCAGAGCCGGAAACAAUCACAGCAAUGGAGACCUUCUACAGGGAAAUAUACGCUCUGGAUGGGAUCACUGAUAUAAAGUUUCCAGAGCACUAUCCUGUUUCUCGUCUUUUAGGCUGUGUUGAAAUUGCUGGUUGUCUCAAAGGUGAAGAGCUAGACAAGUGGGAAGAAGUUCCUAAAUCGGUGAGAUGCGAAGCCCUUACUGACUUCUGUUGGCUCUGUGAAAAUCCAAAGAAAUUAAUAGUUCCCUUCGAAAUGCGAGGCUAUCAAAGAGUAUAUAACCUCGAAAACAAGAUCUUUGAGGCUGCAGUAAGAGGUCUCACUCCAUCUAAAGGCCCUCUUCCAGUCAAGUUUCCAUUGCCUUAUCCUCAAAAUCCUCCCUUGUCACCAAACAGUUCCAAAGCUUCCAAAGUGGAGAAGACGAAAACUGUCGCCGCAGCUGUAGCCGGUGCUCGUGCUGCGGCGGCUCAGUUCUUGAGGAAAGACGAGAGCAGAAGUCUCGUUAAAGAACUACAGCACGAAACCACGAAGAAAGAAGUGCCGAGUUCCGAGAGAAAUCUGAUUAGUGUUGGAAUGGUAGAUGCUGGAAAUUGUCGACCAGGGCCUAGAAUUUUAACCCCAAAUGGAUCAGCUAAGCUCUUUUCUGAUGCGUUGAGAGGGGUGCUUCUGAAACAGUGAUACUUUUGUAAGAGAAAUUCCAGCUCAGUUAAAAGACUUUACAGGGUCUGUGCUGUAAUUUUUUUUUUUUUAGCUACUUUUGUAAUGUUUUUAAGCAAUUCUUCUGGGUAGAUUGAUCAGUUUGUAUAGAAUUUGAAAAUAUCUUUAGUAGCUGUUUAAGGGUCCGUUUGGGGCCGUACUGUUUGGUUCGCGCGUUUCAUCAGCUUAUUCGAAACUGCUUUUUGGUUUUUACACUGCAUUUCAGGAUAAACAGCUUAUCCUAAAACGCACAAGCUGCCCCAAACAGACCCUAAGUGUUUGGUGAUGGUCAAAAUCUGUAUAGAAUUGUGAUAUUAUUCAGUUUGGUGUUUUUCUUGUGAAUUUAUGGCUUUGAUUUUAUGUUUU